CAUUAAUUUUGGAAGUGGGUGAUGCAGCUUUGCGCAAUUACCGUGUCACUAUAACCCGCCAUAGACAUCACAAUGACAGACUCACCUGCCGAGAAAAGAAGACGUUCUAGGGAUGGGUCGUCUCGGAAAGAUACCAAGAAAGCUGAUCUCCAACGGACGGAACCCCGUGUCGCGCUCGUCGCACAUGUCUCCAAGGUUUUCAAGUUGAAAGUUUCGCCCCCAGUAGUAGCUGUUUCGCCUGGAAUCAUCCUCUCCGACGCCCUGAAGUUCGAUACCUACGAAAAGGAGAGACCGGCGACCAAGAAGAGAAAGCAUGACACACCAAACGAGAUUAUCCUGCGUUCCAGCACUCACAGGACAAUCGACUACACUGGUGUCGAAGACAACCCAUAUCUGAAUCACUAUGUGGGCAUAUACGACCCGGAGUCUGGAGAUCUGGAAGUCAUCCAGGCUAAGAACUUGACGGUCCGGGGCAAUGUGCGGACAUACGACUUUCCCGACCAAGCGAGCUCUGACGGAAAGACCAUGAUGAGCAAGAGGCAGGAACUCGGUGAAGCCUUUGGAACGAGGAAGUCGAAGAAAGCGAUCCAGUCGAUGCUAGAAAACAACCUCAUGGGCGCAGGUUCAGGAGAGAAACUGGCCGUGGGCGACCGAAUGAUCGUCGAUAGCAUCAAAAAAAGGUCUCGAAAUAUGGCUACGCGAGAAGAACUCCAGGCAGAGGUCGACCAAGCCCGGCCGGUCCCUCGUGGCAACUACGACGCCGAAGAGAUCCAGGACGUCUACAUUCCAGCAGAGCUCAUCGGCCCGGAGGUGCUCAAUGCGAUACCUAUUAUGGACUGGCAGCAGAAGGUGAGAGCACAAGAGGAGUUGCUUGUUCCAUCUCGGUUUGUUGCGAGCCGCGUCAACCGUGUCGCCGGCAACGACAAUGCCGUCGAGAGACUCAAGGUGAUGCGGUAUCUCUUGUGGGUCAUCAUAUUCUGGGCAUCUACGACAAAAGGGAAAGAGCGCGGAACCCUGAGCAUAGGCAGAAGAGAUAAACUGAGGGAGCUCCUGGCGCCGGCUCCCGAGAUUGUCAUUGAGAGCAUCCGACGAAAAUUCUCAGACAGCGGUGUGAUGCGCAAGGCACAUACCGACCUCCUCAUGACCCACUGCUGCGUUUUUGCCAGCAUCAUCGACAACUUCGAAGUCAAUACUUGGGACUUGCGGGAAGACCUUAAGUUAGAGCAGAAGCAAAUCACUCAGUAUUUCUUGGAGAUUGGAGCUCGUGUGAAGCAAUCCAAGGGUGGCGAUCGGAUGAACUACAUCGCCAAGCUCGCUCUGCCUCUCCAGUUUCCUCAAGUCCGGCAAGUCAGACAAGCAAAACGCAGAUAAUCCAGCCCAGGAGUUUGGGCAACAUUCUUUCAAGCUACAGGGGUUGAAACCCCUCUUAUUGUGGCCGGAGUGGGGGGUGACGAUUAUUUGGCGUUGAAUAACAUGUAUAGAAUUGGGGAAAGUCAAAGUGCGAGCCGAGAUGGUUGGGGCAGACCGUGGCUGGCCUCGCUAUCAUCGCUAGCCGCAAAACUGUGGCUGGCUCGAGCCUGAAAGACCAAGCCUGUUAAUGAACGGCCUUGGUCCCCAGGAUACCUACCUUAUUUAUGACUUGCAAUGAGCCAAGAUGCUGGGAACAUGUCAAAUAGGUAUCAAACUGUAUUCGUUAGGAGUGGGAAUAACGGACUCGGUCACUUUGAACUCACAGUGCUCAACUCGAGGGUUUUGGUAGUGUAGAGUAGAAGCAAACGAGGCGGCAGCUAGACUGUUGACCCUUUCCUAACUUC